CGCUCGGCUCGGUGGUCUCUUUUCGCCGUUUUCUGCGGACUCCUCGGCCCCAUGGGAGAUGCCCCGACGCGACGGGCGACGAACGUCUUCGGGCCUGCAUGAUCUCACUCGUCAGGUCAAGUCCUUAGCAGCGAAGAACUGGGCCAGUGCCUGGGCGCUGCUGCAAGAGGCAUGGGACUUCCGCAUCCGCUUGGACGCCGUGUGCUGCAACGCGGCGCUGACCGCGCUGACCGGCCGCGAGGGGCGCUGGCGACAGGCCUUGGUGCAGGUGAAGGCGAUGACGCAACAGAAGCUGCUGCCGACAUCCUUCACGUUGAACCUUCUCAUCUCCUGUGUGCCUCCCUGGCAACGGGCCUCGCACCUCCUGGACGCCCUGAUCGGUCCAUGCCACAGCCUUCGGGCUGACGUGGUGUCCUUUGGCUCGGCGAUGACGUGCUACCAGGAGCAGAGGCAGUGGGCCUUAGCCUUCGACACCUACGGAGCGCAACGCAACUCUGGCGUUCCCUUGAACCCGGUGACGCGGAGCGUGUUGUUGAGCACGGAAGCGACUGCAUGGCCAAGCGCGGUGCUGCUCUUUGCACAGCUCAAGGCAGAGAAGCUGGUGGAGAGCGACUUCAUGUGUCAUUCGAUGAUGAAGAGUCUGAGUCCCUGGCCAAUGAUCCUGAACACCUUGGAGACCAUGAAGCUCUUCAGGCUGAUGCCCACUACCAUCUCCAUCAGCUCGGUGAUGAGCAGCUGUGAGAAGGGCUUUCAGUGGAGCAAGGCCAUGGAGUUGAUCCAUGGAGUGCGACGCGUGCGCCCGAAUGAAGUCUCCUACGGCUCGAGCAUCUCUGCUUCGACCAAGGGCACUCUUUGGUCGCUUUCGUUGGCGCAGCUGUACCGAAUGGGCAGCAAAGGCCUUCCCCGGUCUCGGAUCCUCCUGAACCUCGCCUUGAGCUCCUGCGAGAAAGGCGCCGCGUCCGGCUACGAGUGCUGGAGGAUGGUUCUGACCCUCUUGAGCUUGUUGAUCUCCUCCGCCUUGCCGAACGAUGUGACCUACAACGCCACGCUGAGCGCCUGCGAGAAGAGCAAGCAGUGGAGAGCCAGCGCCGAGCUCUUGGAGCAGAUGGCGUUCUCAGGCAUUCGCAUAGAUGUCAUCAGCAUGGAUGCUGCUGUCACCUCGUGCGACCUCAGCGUACCGCUCUGGCGCAGGGCCUUGUCCUAUCUCCGCCGCUUCGGGCACGACGCUCGUCUUCAGCCCAGCAGCAUCACGCUCAACGCGGCGUUGAGCGUGUGCCGCCAGCGGUGGCCAGUGGUCUUGGCGCUCCUGGACGAUGUGGGACGACAGGUACCAAAGGAUUCCUGCACCCUUCCUUUGCUUCUCGGUGCAUGUGAGUCUCAUGUGACCUGGCGCGCCUCCCUGGAGUUCUUGACAGAGCCGGAGGAGGAUCCCACGUGGAUUUGGCUGCUCACGCGCUCGGCACAAGCACAGCCGAGGAUACGAAGCUCUGGCCGGUGAGUGGGGUCAGAACGGUUGAACUGGGGGAUGCUGAUGUUCCUAUUUU